AUGCAGAAUGCCUUCCUGACCAUACGCACUGUCUUUCUCAGUAAUCUCAAUGUUUCUGUGGAGCCUGUUGUCGCUUAUCUUCUCAUCAUGGAAUAUUGCAGCCACCAGGUCGUCAGGGAUGCCGGCGCGUUUGCAGGCGCUUUAUGCCCUAAAGGCAGGAGCGCUCUAGUGAAGUUUGAGUGUGGCUGGACCCUCAUUAUGAGCGCCUUGCAACUUAUUGCUAGCAUCGAUAUCACUAUUAAUGGUCCCCCUAUAAUAUGCAGGGGUAUUAGAGCUACCUGGGGAGCGUGUGCAUCAACUAGUGUCUUGGUACCCAUCAGCUGGCUAGCUGCUUUCAUCACUAUAACCUAUUUCCUCACGCUUUUCGUCGCCAGCACUCUGCACGCCUGCGAGUUUCCCGCUGUAUGGUGUCAUACGGUGUACACGGUUCCUUGGUUCUCGCGGAGUGAAAUGUUUCCUCAGUCCGAUGUCAAACAUCAUGAAGUACCAUCAGACAUGGAUAUCACACCGACAUCCAGUAUGAUGACUACAGAUGAAGAAUCGUGCGCUGUCAUGCGAUACAUCGCAGAGCGCUGGGGAAAAGUUGGAGAUAUUGAGAAACAACCGCCGUCACAUCCCAUCUUGUUCUCACGAGAAGACGUCUCAGGAAUCUCUGAGCGCCCUACUUGGGCGCAAGGAACACCGACACGACGUGGUGUUGAUCAACCUUUCGCUGUUCGUCCUCGGACGCCAAUGUCUAGCCAACUGAGCGCUCCCCCGUUGCCUCCGAAAGUCCGAGCGAGGGAAGUCGUCACUCCCAAGGACUCGCAUUAUGUUGAAUCGGAUCGUGAGGCAGAAGCUCAAGGAGAAUACCGCCUGACCUUAACACCACGAACACCCACUGUCUUUCCCCCAAAGAUUGCGGAUCCUGAUUUACCCAUCCCCUUGCCACGGCUGUCGGAAUGGAUUCGAGCUGACCACAACGUGUUACCUGUCUCGACGUGA